AUGAAAACWUWGUGUAGAUCAUACAUGUGGUGGCCGGGAUUAGAUAAAGAUAUAGAAAAGUGGGUACAAAGCUGCGAUGCUUGUUUACAAAGUAGAUCGGAACCAAUUUUAGCGGAACCAAAAAAGUGGGAGGAAGCGAGUUGUCCAAUGGAUAGAAUACACAUAGRUUUUCUAUAUUUACAARGUAAAAACUAUUUGAUCAUGACAGAUAUAUUUACAAAAUGGCCAGAAGUUGCUGAAAUGAAAAUAUUGAACAGUGGUUCGGUUAUUGAAAAGUUAAGAGAGAUAUUUGCUAGGUUUGGAUUACCGAACAAARUUGUGUCAGAUAAUGGACCGCAAUUUAGAUCAGARGAGUUUAUACAAUUUUGUAAAAAUAAUAUGAUUAGGUUUGUGACGUCCCCUCCUUAUCAUCCGGCUACAAAUGGAUCGGCAGAAAAUGCUGUUAAAUCUUUAAAAAAUGGUAUAUUAAAGGCAGUUAAGGAUAAAAUAAAUAAAAAUGUUUCUUUAAAUACAUUAAUUCAAAGAUAUCUAAUGACAUAUAGGAAUACACCACACUGGAUAACUGGUGAGUCACCAAGUUAUAGAAUGUUUGGAAGGAAAAUUAAAACUAGAAAAGUAUAUUUUAAAGAAGGAGACAUAGUUUAUGCUAGGGAUUAUUCCAACCCUAACAAAAAAGAAUGGAAGAAAGGAACAGUCGAAGAGGUGUUAGGUGAUAGAAUAUAUUUAGUUAGAUUAGAAAAAGGAAAUGUGAUAUGGAGAAGGCACAUUGACCAACUAAUAGAAGUAGGUAAGAUAAAUGAAAAGAGUUUUGAAACAGAAGAAAAUGAGAAAGGAGAAGAACAAACAGAACUGGAGGAAAAGAAAAUAUGA